AUGGUGGCCCUAAAGAAGGCAGCUGAAAUACACCGUCAAUUGCCAAGGCCUUGUCUGGUUCAAGGUCUACCACCGUCUCCAUCGCCCUCGACUUCAACGGUGGGUACGCCCCAAGACUCCUAUACUUCGACAAGUUCUUACGAUGAUCCAGCAACUGGUAAGAAUGGCGACACAAUUGAACUCAACUCGUGCAUGAGCUCUCACUCGGUGUCUCCCAUCAAUGAAACCCCAAAGUCAUUGCCAAUACCGGAUAUGUCACGCUGGUCUCUGCCCGCUCUGCCCGCCCCUGCCGAAGAAGUGCCAUACGAUAUCGCAAAAAAUUCGCUAUUCAACGGCGCACCUAUUUUCGGGUUGGAGAAAUUGACAUAUGACCCUGAUAUUUUAGGGGAUGAUAUAUUUGCGGGAUUUGGCGAGCCAAUAGAUUUGGCUGAUGUAUACGCAGAUGUGAUGGGCAACAUGGGAAUCCAGGGGAUAAAGGAACGGGAGGAGGAGUGUGGUGAUGAGGAAGGGAAGCAUGGCGCUGAGGUUGAGCAUGUUGAGCAUGUCGUCGCUCAGGGAGAGCACGUUGUUGCUGCAGGUUCUACUACGUCUGGGAUAGCGUCAGAAACUGGUUGUGUUAGUGGAAUUGCCUGGUUGGGUGAGGCGGAUCUGUUGGCCGACAGUUUAGCUCUGGAUGACGUGGACCUCUCAAAUCUCGACAUUCCCGGCUUAGACGAUAUCGUGAUAGACUCGGACAUGGAACAGCUGUUCGAAUCUAUCUCGAAAGCAACACCACCAACACUAUCAGGAUCACUUCCGCCGCGGCCUUAA